AUGGCGCAGGCGUUGGCGAACAUCUUCGUCGCUGUUGCCAUCAUCUCGCUGGUCGCGCUGGCCACGGCCGAACCUCCGGCGCCCCGCAACGGAUUCUCCGCCCCGUCGAGCAACUACCUGCCGCCGAGCCAGUCGUUCAAUGGGAAUAACGGUUACAACUAUAACGCAAACGACAACGGUUACAACUACCCCACGGGCUCCUCCAACGGUGGAAACUAUGCCGCCCCGUCGCAGCAGUACGGACCUCCCUCGGGCAACGGUGGAAACGGCGGAAACGGCGGAUACAACUACGAGGACGCUAACGCUCAGCCGGCCAAGUACUCGUUCGAGUACAAGGUUGAAGAUUUCGCCUCCGGAAACGACUUCGGCCACAUGGAGUCUCGCGAUGGAGACCGAACCGUCGGACGCUACUACGUCCUGCUUCCCGAUGGUCGCAAGCAAGUUGUGAACUACGAGGCCGACCAGAACGGAUACCGCCCGACGAUCACCUACGAAGAUGUCGGCACCGGCAACGGAGCCAACGGUAACGGAGGUUAUGGUGGAAACGGCCAGUUCAACGGCUACCAAUAA